CUUGUGUUGCCAAAAAUGCUAACUAUGUAUAUCACCACAAAUUUGAUGGCCGACCUGUUUUUUCGAACAGUUAAAGAUAAAUAGGCUUAAUAGCUAUGGGCAAAAAAUAUCAUACGACGCCACGUGUAAUUUUGGAUUGUAAUUGGUCCAGAGAUCUAUAAAACGAUACUAUUCGAGAGACUAGAGAUUAUACUCAGCUCACUUUGAUUCCUCUAAAAAACUCCAUUGGUUUCUUAAAGAGAUCUAAAUGGCGAUGUCAUUCUCAGGAGCUCUUCUCAGUGGGAUUGGUUCUUCUUUCCACACCGGAGGAGCCAAGCAGGGCGGUCUUGGCACCGUUAGAGUUGGCCGGAAAACUGAGUUCGUCGCCGUUGCUCAGCGCAAGAAGUCGUUGAUCUACGCCACCAAAGAUGGCGGCAACAUCCUCGACGACCUCAACGAAGCCACAAAGAGAGCUUCGGAUUACGUGACGGAUAAGACAAAGGAGGCGUUGAAAGAUGGUGAGAAAGCAAAAGACUACGUUGUUGAGAAAAACGCCGAAGCUGCAGAUACGGCGGCGGAUGAAGCUCAGAAAGCUUUGGACUAUGUGACGGAAAAAGGAAAAGAAGCCGGAAACAAAGCGGCUGAAUUUGCCGAAGGUAAAGCAGGAGAGGCUAAGGAUGCCACAAAGCCAUGAUUCAACGUCCACUUAACUAGUAGAUAUAUAUCGACCGUCCCUCUCUUCUUGUUUAAUAUCUUACGAUAAGAUCAGUUUGUUUUAACUUCUAUUCACCUUGGAAUAAAGAUAUGUUACGAAAAGUUCUAAAAGAAAAGAAAAAAUAAGGAUAUGUUUACUAAAGUUCUAAAAGAAAAGAAAAAAAUAAGGAUAUGUUACUUAAUAACUCACAUCAAGAGGUAUACCACUGCC